AACUGUGGAGUGUUCUGGUGGUGACAGGGCUGUCAGGGUCAGAUGGCUGCUCAGCCUGAUUAGACCAGCUCACAGCAGAUCCUCAGCCUAGCACACCGCACUGCUACAGCAAGGUAGAGCUAAAGACUUGCACAUACUGUACGCUGCAGUGAGAGGCAGGGAGGGACAAGGCUGAGGUGGAUAGUUCAGUGUGACAGUGGAGCAGAGCCACAGGUUGUUGCAGAGAGACUUUCUGCUUCGCAACCAGAUAUUUCAGUUUCUAGCAGCAGGAAAAGACUUGAGAGCAGGUGGACUUUAUUGUGGCAAAGAGGCAGAAGAACUGAUGAUUCGUCUGCGAUUGGAGAUGACAUUGAAGAGCUGAGUGAAACACUGGUUGAUGGAGUUUGUGCGACGGAGUGGUGACUACUGCCACGCCCAACACAUUUAGACCCAUGAAGCUGCACUAUGCCAUCCUGGGACCCUGAACCCUGAAAGACCGUAGGCCAUUGCCCUCUGAACCAGCCAGCUCAUGGGGUAACAAGUGGAGUCUCGCACACCAGAAGCUAACUGGAGAGAGAGAAGGAAAGAGACAGCUAUUGAGAAAGACAAAGAGAGAAAGAGGGGAGGACUGGACAAUCAGAGAGAUCAAAACAAAGAGAAGGACACAAAGAGAACUGACACACUGUAGCCUCUUGGACUAUAGGAUACAGUCAAUUGAUGGCGUAAAAGAGUCACGACAACAGGACCUCAGAAUUGGGAAAAUAACGGCUAUAAACAGGAGUUUCCGCGGCAGACAAGAAGUCCAGAUUCACCUGGAGACCUGAAGACAAAGCAGCUAACUGCUACAGCUGGAGUUAAAGGUCAGAAGUCAUCCUGGGAGGUCAAAGGUCACACUGAUCACCAUGAAUCGUCCAGCUCCAGUGGAACUUUGCCACAAGAACAUGAGAUUCCUUAUCACUCACAACCCCACAGACAACACACUCAGCUCCUUCACAGAGGACCUGAAGCGGUAUGGUGCCACCACUGUGGUUCGAGUCUGUGACAUCACUUAUGACAAAACACCGCUUGAGAAAGACGGCAUUACUGUGGUGGAUUGGCCCUUUGAUGAUGGAGCCCCACCCCCAAGUAAGCUUGUUGAUGAUUGGUUGAGUCUGCUGAAGAAGAAGUUUCAGGAGGAUCCAGGAUGCUGCGUGGCUGUUCACUGUGUGGCUGGACUGGGACGGGCUCCUGUGCUGGUUGCUCUGGCUCUGAUAGAAAGUGGGAUGAAGUAUGAAGACGCAAUUCAACUCAUCAGGCAGAAGCGCCGUGGAGCCAUCAACAGCAAACAGCUAACUUACCUGGAGAAAUAUCGAUCCAAGCAGAGACUCCGCUUCAAAGACUCUCACACACACAAGAACAAGUGUUGCACCAUGUGAAAACACACACACGCAUGCACGCAUGCACGCAUGCACGCACACACACACACACACACACACACACACACGCACACAGACCCCUCAACUAAUGCUCUCAGGAAUCCAACCAUACAAGCCUUGCUUCACCAUUAACCCAUGUGUACCCAUGUAUUCUUACAGCAAUUUAAUCAGAAUCCGUAUUUGUUCUCUUGUUUGUAAUGAUUUCUCAUCUUUUAAAGUUUACUUUAUUGGCAUCUUUGUUUCAUUAUAUAGUUUACAGUGAGGAAAGGUGGGAAAGACAAAUGAGGGCUAGAAAUCACAUAAAAGUUAUAUUUUGUAGCUAACUGUUGAGGGAUAUCUGCUUUAUUAGACAGUUCUGGAAAAGACACAGUUGGGUCAGGGACAAUGUGCCGAGGCUUUUGUAUCACAUUCAAAACGCCAACAGAUUUGAUUUAUGAUACAUACCUGAUGUUAUUGGCAUUCAAAACCUCAAAUCAUCCCUGAUAUUUUGUGAAAAUACCAUUGAAUGUUUAUUAUUUUGUACAGAUGUUCAAUAUGUUUAAAGAUAACCAUAACUGGGGUAUAUAAUCACAUGCAGUGUUUCUGUAAGUGUUUCUUUGAGAUUGUUUUUGGUUUAAACAAUUAUUGCAGACUAAAAAAAAUCAUCUUAGCACCUCAGUGAUUUUUCUGUCAAUUAAUGUCAAUACUCCUGGUAGACCCACUCAUACAUUGUUCCUGGUGGUGUUCUCAGUGUAACUGGAGAUAUAAGGGCUCAUUUUCAUCCCAGCAUUACAAUCAGUAUGAAAAUCAUCUUUUGUAAUGCUACACUACAUUUGAUUUUGGUAAACAUAAAGCCUUGAUUUGGUUUUGUCACAUUCACUGUUUUAAUAUUACAUUAUACACUGGGCUCAUAUAAUGUGUUUACAUAUCUGUGUGUGCAUUAUGUUAUGCUCUGUUUACUGACACCCACAGAUGGAAACUUAUUUGUUAGCAGCAGUUGAUUUCAAGCAAAGGUUAAACAUAGCACUUAUAUGUUAUAUAAAUAGGAAAAUGUUGAUAAAUCUAUUGUAAUCCUACAGACAUUCAAAAAUGUAAUCUAGAUGUAAAUAAUAUUAAAUGAGGGAUCUCUAAUUAUCACCUUCUUCUAUAAGGCAAGGUGAGCCACCCCUCCCAUUUCAGUGACUACAAAAAUGCAUAAAGAACAUUAAAACAUUGCUGGUAAUACAAAUAUUUUUAUAUAUCAUAUGGUCAGGGAGCAGCUGAUGACAAUGACUAGUCAAGCUCUCAGUUUUAAUCCCAGGCAAAUUUUGGCCUGAUACCUAUGUGGAUAAAUUGAGGUAUUGGCUUAAUCCAUCGUCACAUCUUUUUGACUUUCAUUCUCUUUUGAGGUUGAGUUUACUUAUUCAUUUGUAUUGUUCCUGAAUGAUACAUGUAAACAACUGCUUCUGACAUUUCUUUAAUUUUUCAUUCAGAAUUGAUUCAUGUUUUUUUGAUGAUGACAAAGCAUGCACUUUUCAUGUAUUAGUAGGUUGCUUACGAUAUUCACCUUAUCAUCUGCGUUAUGAAAAACAUCUUCAACCUGAAGAACAAUUUAUGAGGAAGAAAUGAGAGCAGAGGGCAUAAUUUGAAUUAGGAAAGGGGGUCAAACCAUCUUUACCUGAAAGUUCAGUUUUAAACAAAUUGGCUGCUUGUUCAUUUGGUGUGUGUGUGUGUGUGUGUGUGUGUGUGUGUUUGUUUGUUUGAAUAUGUGUGUGUGUGCUUGGUAGCCUUUAGGUGUUGUUGCUCAUUGGGGCUGGCCUGAGCUGACACUUUUUUUUUUAUGUAAAAACGAAUGCUGUAAAUGUCUGUAAGUCUGUAAAUUCUUGCAUUGUUUAAUAAAGGUUUUGUCAUUGUCCCUGUA